CAAUACGUAAGAAGUCUCACCUACAGAGGUACCACGCGCUUGACCAGCCCCGCGACUCCAGCUUAGCUCUCGGUCUAUCCAGCAGCUCUGAAGGAACCGCUUCGCUUCACCAUAACAGCCCUACAUCUAACGUGCCAUAGCGAUUGGUUUGACUGCGUUGCAUACAGCUGGUCUAGCGAGCAUCUACGGUACGCAUUCACGAAACCAUCAAUUGGUGAACCUGUCGCAUUCUUCUCUUUCACUCACUCGAUGCCAUCGACGAUGAGCCUCGGCUUCCCGACCUAACCAACCUCAACACACUCCUCGCCACAUCGUCUAGACCGAGCGCUUUUGCCAGUCACUGUGUAUAGUACUGCGUGUACACUGGGACAGACUUCAUGCGCAUGUUCGCGUCCAUGUGCGUGACCGUUGUUUAGGAGUAGUCACCGGAGAGAUUCGUCACCGGCCACGAGACACACAUCACCAUGGCCGACACGGCGACGACGUCGUCUACGAGCCACAGCGCGGCUACCACUCACAGUAGUACCACUACCUACAGCACCACCACCGGCCACACCGCGGUCGGCGAUGUUCGGAACGAGGUGAAGAAGCCGAAGAAAAAGAAGGUCCUGCUCAUGGGGAAGAGCGGUUCCGGCAAGUCGAGCAUGCGGAGUAUCAUAUUCAGCAACUACAUUGCAAGAGAUACACGGCGAUUAGGCGCAACCAUCGACAUUGAUCUUUCACACGUCAAAUUCCUAGGCAACCUCACACUGAACCUAUGGGACUGCGGUGGACAAGAAGCCUUCACUGAAAACUACUUAUCACAGCAGCGCGUACACGUCUUCUCCAACGUCGGCGUGCUAAUCUAUGUCUUCGACAUCGAGUCCAGAGAUGUCGACCGAGACAUGGCCACCUACGUAUCCAUCAUUUCCGCCCUGAUGCAGUACUCGCCGACCGCCAAGGUGUAUGUCCUCAUUCACAAGAUGGAUCUAAUCAACAUGAACGUGCGAGAGGCCGUCUUCGUCGACCGUGUACGGUUAGUGCAGCAGAAGACCGCCGAAUACACACAAGCGGCCGGCCUGUCGGGCGAGCUAGACUUGAUACCCUUUGCGACUUCGAUAUGGGAUCAGUCUCUGUAUAAGGCGUGGGCGAGCAUCAUCCACGACUUGGUGCCCAACCUAUCCGUCAUCGAAUCGCAGCUAGGGUCGCUAGGCACUAUCAUAGAAGCCGAGGAGAUGUUGUUAUUCGAGAGGACGAGUUUCCUGGUCGUCUCCAGUUGGACAUCUGAAGAGGGGUUGCACAACCCCACUGGGGACCGACAAGAGCGCAUGUCCAACAUUCUGAAGCAUUUCAAGCAAAGCAUCAGCCGCUUCACUGGAACUCCCCGUAAUGCUGAGCAGUUUACUUUGAUGGAGCACAAAGCUGGGACUAGAUUCUCUAUGUUUGUAUGCAAAUUCACCACCAACACAUAUCUCAUGGUCGUUUUACCUCCAGGAGAAGCUCGGUUCAAUUCGGCGAGGUUCAAUUGCCAGAUUGCGAGGGAGAGCUUUAGGUUUUUGGAUGGUCCUGCGCCGGGGCAAACUCAAGGCCAGCGAACGUAAUGUGAGACGAUCUAAUAAUGACUGGCAAUCUGAUUAGCAAUUUGUGUUUCGCAAAUAUACCCAUCGUUUGUUCGCAGACUUCAACCUAUAGGCUUCUAUUUGUGCUGGUGAGCUGAGAGCAGGCCAUGGCAGCAUGUCUAAGCAAUCUCUUCUCGGAUCCGAUUCUAAAUAUCGAAGAUAGCAUCUUCAAGUAGCAGCUUGUAACUGGUAAAGCCCAGCAUAGUACUUAUCAGGUUGCAAUAAUGAAAACCACGCUUAGCGAUGUCGGAUUCGGGUUACCCAUAAUCAAAUGCGAUGUUCCGCCCAGUACCCUAGAUCGGAAUUCAUGACCUACACUAGUGUUGUUGGCAUGUCGCAUCUAUCUAUCUGAUCUCCAAACAGAUCGGCAUAUUCCCCGGAUUAGGAAGGUUGGUACCAACGCUAUAUCAACCAAUAAGCGACGAUAUCUCUACCACAGGUUCAAUGCGAUUUAGUAUUACCUACCUAACCUACAUAUGUAUCUAUCCCAUUCGGUAC